UGUGGGUGUGCGCGAGGGAAUUCCGUUACAGUCGCACGGACCAUGGUCUUCUCCCACUCCGGACGGUUGAGCAUUUGCGCAUUUGCGCAUGUGUAGCAUUUCGGUUUGAGUUCGUGACUUCCCUGUGAUAUGGGCUUGCUGGCCGAUGGCGGUUGUCAUCCGGUGAUUAUUGGAGAGUAGAUGAGACGGGCCGAGGAUGAAAGAGAAUGGGGAAGCUAAGCAGAUGGAAGUGGACGCCGAGUCGAGAAUGCAGAUCCCCGCUGUGGACAGGGAAGCGGUGCAGGGUCUCGGCAGGAGCUUGAAGCAGAAGUGCGCCGCAUAUGUGCUUGCACUGCGGCCCUGGAGCUUCAGCGCCUCACUUACCCCUGUUGCCCUGGGUACGGCCCUGGCUUACAAGAGCCUGGGCGAGCUCGAUCUGACCAUUUCCCUACUGGCUGCCUUGGCCGUGCUGGCCGUACACGCAGCUGGUAACCUAGUGAACACUUAUUACGACUUCAGCCGGGGCAUCGAUCAUAAGAAGAGCGACGACCGGACCCUGGUGGACCGGAUCCUAGAGCCACAGGACGUGGUACGGUUCGGAGCCUGCCUCUACACUUUGGGCUGCCUCUGCGCCUGUUUCCUCUACUUUUUGAGCAAACUCAAACUUGAGCACUUAGCUCUGAUCUUCUUCGGCGGCCUAUCCAGCUCCUUUCUGUACACUGGAGGUAUUGGAUUUAAAUACUUUGCUCUCGGUGAUAUCAUCAUUCUGAUCACCUUUGGACCAUUAGCUGUGAUGUUUGCCUAUUCCGUGCAAGUCGGUUACUUGGCCAUUUCACCACUACUUUAUGCAAUUCCUUUAGCACUCAAUACAGAAGCCAUCUUGCACAGUAACAAUACCAGAGACAUGGAAUCUGAUAAGCAGGCUGGGAUUGUCACCUUUGCUAUCAUUAUUGGGCCAACGUUAUCUUACAUUGUGUAUAACAUGCUGAUAUUCGUACCCUAUGUGAUAUUCUGUAUAUUAGCAACUCGAUAUACAAUCAGCCUUGCAUUACCACUUUUGACUGUACCUUUGGCCUUUUCACUUGAGCGGCAAUUUCGAAGCCAAUGUUAUGCCAAAAUUCCCCAGAUGACUGCGAAACUGAAUCUUUUUCUCGGAUUGUUCUAUGUUUUUGCCAUUUUGUUAGCACCAUCUGGAAGUUUACCAAACUAAAAUGGCGCAGACUCCUUUUCUAUAUUUCAAAAAUCAAAAUUGAAGUUGCUGAAGCUUUCUUAAAGUAGAAAAGCUGGAACAGUACGUGUUCUAAUUAAGUCUCUAUUCCUUUUAAGCAAAAAUUUGUGAACAUUUUGCAGCUACUCCAACUUCCACUCCUUAGCAAACGUGCAGCUUGCAUAUGAAAAUUGAUUGGUGCGCAGUGUGCUUUUUAAACAACGGUUUUGACACCAGGAAAACAGCUUGCAAAUGUACACAAUGGCCCAUGUUUUCAGUGUCAUCAUUGGUGGGAAACUAUAUCACAAGUGGAUUUAAACUCAGGCUACAUUAGAUUUUGAUUCAUUAGACCUAAUCCUUUGUAUAGUUUGUUCUUGUGUAUAAAAUCAUGGAUAAUGAAAACCCGAAUUGGUCAUCCAAUUUUUACAUCUUGAUAGCUUUAAUUUAAGCAUUAACAAGUUAAUAAUGGAGGACUGACAGCUUGAAAAUGGCUUGUAAUAUAAUUUCAUUUUGGUGACAGUUGUAAUGGACAAAUUUAUUUGAUUUGCACAAUUGGUGUCUGGCAAUGCAAAAAAUGUGAAUUUGUAGUACACAUACAGAUUUUGUACUGACAAAACUGGUCCUAGGAAGUAACUUCAAAUAUGUGACCUCUAUCUAAUUUGAGAGAACUUCAGUGUUGCUUUUUUGCUUUUGUUUGAACUUAAUUGUAAUUGCAUUUUGUUACUUUUUUUAUUCUAUUAUAAGCUGCACUGUUUAUUCAUAAGGAUUGAUAUUUUGAAGUUGUGUUCAAAAUGCACAAAUUUAAUCAUAAAAAGGAGAUUGAAAGGCAGGUAAGCUGCUUGGCAAGACUUUGAAAGGGAAACUCGUAGUUUGGAGCAUGAAGUAUUUAAUAUUUGUCAUUUUACUUUGUAAAAGAUUUCAAAUGUCUUUGCAUUAAAUUUUAAGGGAAUAAAUGGAUUCUUGUUUACCUUUUACACUCCCUAGAGUUAGCUGUUCAAUUUAAUUAACAACCUCUUGGACAGCUGGGAAAUGUGUUGGGCAAUGAGUGGCCAAAAGCUACUACUUUUGCCAUGCUGCUUGUUGGCCUACUUCGUGAGGUCCAGUGAUCUUUUUGUCGUUAUCUAAGUCCGAGUUGCCCCAAAGUGCAAUUUGAGUUCAUGAGCUCCACGGCAGCUUUGGCUACCUUGGAGUUUUGUCUCGCCACCCUCCCUUUCCUGUGGUCUCUCAGGUCUUCUUCCGCACUCUUGCAUUUCUCACUGAGAGGUCAUGAUUAUUUUCAAGUCUCAAAAUCAUGUCACAAUUCGAAGGUUUGGAAAGCACUGAUUUAAUUAGUGAGUGAGGUAUAUUAGUUUUUACAAUCAACGUACUGAAUUAUGCUGUUGCCUUUAAAUGUGAAGAAAAAGUGCCAGCAAUGUAAGAACUUUCUCCUGUUCAAACCUCCUUUUAGAAUCACAAUGGCAGUAAAAUUGAAAAGCCUCAUAAUUUGCAGGGAAAUAAACAUUUUUGGGACCAUUUGAUUUAGGACAACUAGUUAAUUUGUCCGAUUUCAUACAUAAAAGCUUGGUAUUUCAUUAUUUUGAGGAUCUCAUUUUUAGAAUUCUAAUUUUAUACUUUGGACCUAAUUCACUUUAAACUUAAUUCUCUCCAUUUGAAACUUGCUACAUAAGGACUUUCUCUUGUAUUGUUUGAACAUCAGUGGAGUAUUUCCAUGAGAAGUUGUAGAAAUAGGCAUCUGUUCCACCCCUGGAUGAUUUGUCCUGCAGAAGAUUUCUUUUCACGAAAUGAUUCGAGAAAAUACUAUUGAUGUCAAAUAAAGAGAAUGGUCUCUUGCCCUUGAGUGCAUUUUUUUUAUUCAAUGCAAGGAUGUUUUCAUGAAGAAAUGUGUUAUAUUCAAAGAUAUCCAUUUCCCACUUUUAGGAAAUGUUAAUAAUUGAACUUUAAUUUCUGUUGCCUUAAAUAAUUAGUGGCAGAAAGAUGCUUUUCAGAAUGGAGGGCUGAGACUAGUGUUCCAUAGGGAUCAGUGCUGGGAUCUUUGUCCGUGGUCUACGUAAAGGAUUUGGAAGAAACAGUACGCUGGUCUAAUUAGUAAUUUUGUGGACGAUUGUCAAAGAGUAUAGCACGAUAUAGAUCAGUUGGAGGCAUUCGCAGAUGGAGUUUAAUCCAGACAAAUGCAAGGUGUUGCAUUUUGGAAGGUCAAGUACAAGUGGAAAUUAUACAGUGACUGGCAGAACCCUUAGGAGUAUUGAUAUGCAGAAGGAUCUGCCUGUGCAGAUUCACAGAUCGCUGAAGGUGGCAGCAUAGGUAGAUAAGGUAGUAAAAAAGGCUAUGACAUGCUUGCCUUCAUUUGGAAGGGGCAUUGAGUAUAAGGAUAGAUAAGUUAUGCUGCAACUUGACAGAACUUUAGACCACACGUGGAAUAUUGCGUAUCAUUCUGGUCACCACACUACCAGAAGGAUGUGGAUGCUUUGGAGAGGGUACAGAAAAGGUUUACCAGGAUGUUGCCUGGUAUGUGGGAUUUUAGCUAUGAAGAAAGGUUGGAUAGAUUGGGUUUGUUUUCACUAGAAUGCAGGAGGUUGAGGGGCAACCUGAUAGAAAUUUCUAAGAUUGUGAAUGGUGUGAAUAGAGUGGAAAGUAUGAGGCUUUUCCCCCCCAGAGUGGAGGGGUCAGUUACUAGGGGACACAGAUUCAAGGUAUGGGGGUGGGGGAGUUUAAAAGAGAUGUGCAAGGCAAGUUUUUCACAAAGGGUGGUGAGUGCUUGGAAUAUGCCAGAGGAGAUGGUGGAAGCAGACACAAUAGCAGCAUUCAACAAGCACCUGGACGAUUACAUUAAUAGGAAGGGAAUAGAGGGAUAUGGAUCCUGUAAAUAAAGAUAGUUUUAGUAUGGUAGGGCAAAAUGUGUUGGCGCAGAAUGAGAGGGCUGAAGGACCUGUUCCUAUGCUGUAUUGCUCUUUAUUCUAAUUAAAUAUUGAACUGACCCUUAUGAUGUAGUUUUUCUUUACUUUGUCUUCGAUCAUUUACAUUUUUAUUCAAGUGGAUAAAGAUUUGAGAUGCAAAAUAUAUCCAUGUUAAGAUAAGUUUGUUAAUUCACUGUGCUGUGGGGAAUACAAAGCACACCAUCCCCUCUGCCUAUGAACAGACUUCCCGAUUCAUAGCAAACAAAAAAGAAAUUGCUGGCGAAUUGCUGGAUAGCAUCUGUGGAGAGAAAACAGUUAAUGUUUUGCGUCCAGUAACCCUUUGUCA